AUGGUGAAAGAAGAGUGGAGGGAAUUAGGUAAUGGACAGUUCCUAGACAAGAUGAAAUCGUUGUCUGUUCCGGUUCAGAUAUGGUAUAAGCAGCACUUUGGGAAUAUAGUUGAGAAGAUAAGAAAGUUUGAAGAAGAGAUCAAGAAGGUGGACGAAGUGGUGAGUAGUGGUUUGCAUGAUGGUAUGUUGGAGUCAAGGAGAAGGGCGCUAGUGAGAUGCUGUGAGAAGUGGUAUGUUAGGCAGAAUGUCCACUGGAAGCAAAUGUCUAGAGCCCGGUAUGCCAAGAAAAUGGAUAGGAAUACUAAAUAUUUUCACAAUAUCGCCUCGGCAAAAAGAAGGAAUAACAAAAUCGAGUCUUUGGCUAUUAAUGGGAGACUAAUAAGGAACCAAGCAAGGAUAAAGGUGGCGAUUCGAGACUUUUAUAAGCACUUGUACCACCAGGAAGCUUCCCCGACGGUGAGCUUUAGAGAUGGUUUAGUGAACCGACUGGAGAGGGAGGAAGCGGAAGCCUUAGAGGUGAUGUCAUCAGCAGAGGAAGUGAAGGAGGCGGUAUAG